UUAAAAGACUAUACACCUAGCUCCCUAUACUAUAUACUAUAUACAGUAUAUGUAUAUAUAUAUAUAACGAUAUACAUAUAUAUAUAUAUACAGAUGUUCGUGGCAAAUGUUGUGUGUGCGAGUGAGUGUGUGCGUGUGACUUCUGAUUGUGUUUGCCGUUUGCCAUUUGCCAUUUGAUUCCAAGUAUAUUCGAGUGCUUAGUUUUGUAAUUUGUAGCUAGCCGUUAAUGUUUGUAUAAACUGUUUCAUUGGUUUUCCCACGCUGCUUUACCGGAUAAUCGUUUUUUAGAUUUUAGCCUUAGCACUCCUAGUUUAAAGUUUAACGUUUAAAGUUAGUUUUUCAUAGGCUUUUGCUGUUAAGUUUAAACUGUAAACCGUAAACCUUAAAGUUCUUUUGUACAUUAAGCUUACAUUUAGCCCUACCUUAGAUAUAUACCAUUAUGAAUACAUAUAUGUGCGUUGAAAGCGUUGUAUUUUUUGAAGCCGAACUUAUGCAACCCAAAAGGAGGACAAUAAACAAAUGUGCUAUAAAAAAAAGAGGAGAGAAGAGUGUCGCAAAUAAAUGUGAAGCCGCAGCCAUAGAAAAUAUGAUUUUCGCAAGGUGUUUUACUCGCGCGAAAAGCUUUUGGGGCAUGAAUGGAAGAGUGAUUACCACUGAAAUCAUCCUUAUCAUCGUCAUGAUGGCGUGUGCAACGAGGUGCGCAAUGCGCAUAAUGACGACACUGGAUAGCAAUCUGAACGAUAAGCGGCCGGCGAUAGUGAAGCGUUAAACCCAUCGGCAGUCGCUGGCCAUAAAUCAGUCGGCAGUCUGUUCGCAGAAGCUUUCAGCUCCGGACCUCUUAACGCGGCAUACUUUCGGGCCAAGAGUUGCAAAUGGCCCUGCUCCACUACACUUUUGACCAGCUCGAGCUGUACUUAGAGUGGGCCUUUGCCAAGCAUGGCGAGGCUACCCCGAGCUCGGCUGCCCAGUUCCCCAAGUAUCCACCAUAUCCGGGCGUCUUUGUCGCCGAUCUCAGCCAGCUGAACCGCCUCAAGCGGAACUCCUUCUCCGCCGUGGUGGGCACUCUGUUCCUACUGGCCUUCACCGGCAAUCUGAGCACCCUGUACGUGAACUCCCGCCGGAAGCUGCGACCCUUCUUCCGAGCCUGCCUGAUUUCCCUGGCCUGCAGUGACCUCGUCUCCACUGUCUUCUGCACCGUGUCCUACAUGGCACAGUUCAACGCAGAGUAUCUGCAGCUUUGGACCAUUGGCGGCUUUAUGUGCAAGUUCGUGCCCUUCAUAACCACCACGUCGGUGUUGUCCGGCAGUCUGACCCUGGUGGCCAUUGCCCUGGAUCGCUACCUGGCCGUGAUGCGACCCGUGCUGGGCUUCUGGAGCCCCGACAUCCGCUUCAGUAGCCUGAGCAUGCUGCUCAUUUGGGCCUGUGCGAUCGGGUCCUCUGGCCCGCUGCUGGGGAUCUACGCGUACAAGGUGAUCUUUCUGCUGGACGUGGAGGACUCGUCGGAGGAGAGUGGGGAGCUUGGGAACACCCCAGUGCCGGAGGAACUGAUGGUCACCGAGCUGGAAAUGGCCCAUAUGUGUGUGGCCGGGGACCACGAUGUCGGACUCUACUACGUCAUUCUGUUCACCCUGAUUUUUCUGCCCUGCAUAGUGUCCUUUCUCUGGCUGAAUGCCACUAUUGCCAGGCAGCUGUGGCUGCGACGGCACUUCCACCAGGAGCAGCAUGUCCGGGAGCAGGAGCCCAGAGAGGGUCAAUUCAAGUCAAUGGGAAACGUGAAUGGAGACCUCCUGAUGCCCACCACCCUGGUCAGUGCCGUGGGUGUGGCCCUGCCUUUUGCGCUCGAGAAGAGCUCGCUGCCGCCCAAGACUCCCAUAAAUCCUGUGAAUGUAAAGAGAACCACACCUACUGCCUUGGCCAGGGAGGCCAGACACCGGAGGAUGGUGGUGGUGGUGCUCCUCAUGAUGGCCGUCUUCAUCUGCCUGCGACUGCCCGCCUGGGUGUUCCUGAUCAUGCGGCUCUAUGGCUCCUACUCGGAGCCCAUCGACUGGCUGCUGUACUUCAGCUUUGGCAUACUAAACUUGUUUAGUUGCGCAUUGAAUCCGAUUUUCUACACCUUUCUCACCCAAACCAUUCGCACAGUGUCGCUGGUGAGGCAGAAAGUCCGCCGUUUCUUUGGCUGUGCCACGAGAGAAGCUCAGGACACCAUGCCCGAGGAUCAAAUGGCUAAGAGCAGGUGCUGCUGCGGCUUGCGUCCGCCCACUUUCUCCUGGCGUUGCCAUCCAAACCGCCGGGAUGUGCCACCACCCACCAACGCUGUAAACCGGGAUGUGGAGCAUCCAGAUCAGAUCUCCGGCGAAGGGCAGCCGGAUCCGAGUAGCCUGCGGCGAUUCCUCAGCUUCAAGCGGGAAGUGUUCACCAUUUACAAGCAGUGCGAUGACUCGUCGAGUGCGUCAAUCGAGUCCUCCGCCUGAUAGACCACCAUACGCUAAUAAAUCACUCGGAUUGUCGUUUUGUCGUUUUUUCGGAUACGGGAGCCAACGGUUAGCAGAACUUGAUUGAUGGAUCCAACCCCGCAAAAAGCGGUUUGUCACGGUGGGUAUAUCACCAAUAGAUACACAUAUGAGCGCACAUAUUAUGUACCUCAUUAAACGUGUAAAUACGAGGAACAAAGCGAAUGGGUGUGGGCAACUAACUAACCAUUAACACAUACCAUAAUCAAGAUCAGAGAAGGUCUAAGUCAUUAUCGCAGCGAAAACUGAAGCCCAAUUUGAGACAUUUUAAAAACCAAAAGCAAAGUGGCUACAAUUAAUUUGUGUUUAUGUACAACAAGAUGCACUU